CGCUCUCCCACCUGUCACAGGCCCCAGAGCUCCAGCAGCUGCCCGGCUUCUCGCCCGUAAUCCCGCACUAAUCCCCGACACCUGCCUGCCCCAUGGCUGAGUACCACAAGCCCGACCAGCAGACCCUACAGGCCCUCAGGGACACGGCCAAUAGGCUGCGAGUUCUCUGCAUUAAAUCCACCACAGCAGCUGGAUCUGGGCACCCCACAUCAUGUUGCAGCUCAGCAGAGAUCAUGUCUGUCCUGUUUUUCCAUACCAUGAGGUACAAACCCCUGGACCCCCGGAACCCCAACAAUGACCGCUUUGUGAUGUCCAAGGGUCACGCUGCGCCCAUUCUCUACGCCGCUUGGGCCGAGGCCGGGUUUGUGAAGGAAGCGGAGCUACUGAAUUUAAGGAAACUGGACUCCAUUCUGGAAGGACACCCUGUGCCUAAACAAGAGUUUGUGGAUGUGGCAACGGGAUCUCUGGGGCAGGGGCUCGGCGCUGCCUGCGGCAUGGCGUACACCGGCAAAUUCUUCGACAAAGCCAGCUACCGGGUGUUCUGCCUCCUGGGGGACGGAGAGGUCUCAGAAGGCUCAGUGUGGGAGGCCAUGGCCUUUGCUGGAUUUUACAAGCUCGACAACCUCGUUGCCAUCUUUGACGUCAACCGUCUCGGGCAGAGCGACCCGGCGCCUCUCCAGCACAAAGUCGAAGUCUACCAGAAACGCUGCGAAGCCUUCGGGUGGCACAGUGUUGUGGUCGAUGGACACAGUGUGGAAGAGUUGUGCAAGGCUUUCUGUCAUGUCAAGAACCAACCAACUGCCAUCAUUGCCAAGACGUUUAAGGGCAAAGGGAUUUCAGGGGUGGAGGAUAAAGAGAACUGGCACGGGAAGCCCCUCCCCAAAGACUUGGCUGAGCAGUCCAUUAAAGAGAUUGAAGGAAAGAUCAAAAGCAACAAGAAACUGACCCCCACCCUCCCGGUGGAAGAUGCCCCAGCCGUAUGCAUCAAAAACAUCAAGAUGCCAUCACCCCCAGGAUACAAGUUGGGGGAGAAGAUGGCAACCCGCAAAGCUUACGGACUGGCGCUCGCCAAGAUGGGCCACGCCAACGACCGAGUCAUCGCUCUGGACGGGGACACGAAAAAUUCCACUUUUGCAGAACUGUUCAAGAAAGAGCAUCCGGAUCGCUACAUCGAAUGCUACAUUGCUGAGCAGAACAUGGUCAGCGUUGCCGUUGGCUCCACCACACGAGACCGCACUGUGGCCUUUGCCAGUGCCUUUGCCACGUUCUUCACCAGAGCCUUCGACCAGAUCCGGAUGGCGGCCAUAUCUGAGAGCAACAUCAACCUGUGCGGCUCCCACUGCGGUGUCUCCAUAGGGGAGGACGGACCCUCUCAGAUGGGUUUGGAAGACUUGGCCAUGUUCCGGGCUGUCCCCACCGCAACCGUAUUUUACCCAAGUGAUGCCGUAUCUACAGAGAAGGCGGUGGAGUUGGCAGCAAACACAAAGGGGAUUUGCUUCAUAAGAACGAGUCGCCCAGAGAAUGCUGUUAUUUACAGCAGCACCGAGGAAUUCAAAAUCGGACAUGCCAAGGUGGUGGCACAGAACAAAGAUGAUCAGGUGACAGUAAUCGGCGCGGGUGUGACCCUGCAUGAAGCACUCGCAGCGGCUGAGCAGCUUAAGAAAGAUAAAAUCAACAUCCGAAUCAUCGACCCGUUCACCAUCAAACCGCUGGACAAGAAGACGAUUGUGGAGAAUGCCAAAGCCACCAACGGGCGGUUAAUAACUGUGGAGGAUCAUUACCACGAAGGCGGCAUUGGAGAAGCCGUGGCUGCAGCCGUGGUCGGGGUCCCCGGCAUUACUCUGAAAUCCUUGGCUGUGUCCCACGUGCCACGUAGCGGCAAGCCCACCGAGCUGCUCCGGCUGUUUGAAAUCGACAGUGAGGCUAUCGUGGCGGCUGUGAAAGGGCUGGUGUCCCACGCGACCAACUCCAAGUAACUCCGCCUCUUCCCGGUGCCACCAUCGCCGCUCUCAUAACCCAACGCUUCACUUAUUACAUUUUUAUAUUCCAAUAAAGGCUCUGAGAACAAA